CGAGGGGCGGCGGGCGCGGCCAUGGAGCCCCGCGGCGCCGAGUACUUCAGCGCCCAAGUGCUGCAGAAGGACGUGAGCGGCCGGCUGCAGGCGGGCGAGGAGCUGCUGCUCAACCUCGGCGCGCCCGGCGCCAUCCCGGACCUGGAGGACGACCCGAGCCGCCUGGCCAAGACCGUGGACGCGCUCACCGGCUGGGUGGGCUCGAGCAACUACCGGGUAUCAUUAUUAGGAUUGGAGAUUUUAAGUGCCUUUGUGGAUAGAUUGUCAACACGAUUUAAAUCUUAUGUAGCAAUGGUUACCACAGCUUUAAUAGACAGGAUGGGAGAUGCCAAAGAGAAAGUUCGAGAUGAAGCUCAGAACCUGACCCUGAAGCUGAUGGAUGAGGUGGCACCACCUAUGUACAUCUGGGAGCAUCUGGCCUCUGGUUUCAAGCACAAGAACUUUCGAUCUCGAGAGGGUGUGUGCAUGUGUCUGAUUGAAACCUUGAACAUCUUUGGAGCUCAGCCACUGGUCAUCAGCAAGUUGGUGCCACAUUUGUGUAUCUUAUUUGGAGAUUCUAAUAGUCAGGUGAGAAAUGCUGCAAUAUCAGCUGUAGUGGAGAUUUAUAGACACGUAGGGGAGAAGCUGAGAAUUGAUCUGUCUAAGAGAGACAUUCCUCCUGCUAGAUUAGAAAUGAUACUUGCCAAAUUUGAUGAAGUACAAAAUUCGGGCGGUAUGGUUUUGAGUGUCUGCAAAGAUAAAAGCUUUGAUGAUGAGGAAUCAGUGGAUGGAAACAGGCCAUCAUCAGCUGCUUCAGCCUUCAAGGUUCCUGCACCUAAAACAUCUGGAAACCCUGUCAACAGUGGGAGAAAGCCUGGUUCAGCAGGUGGCCCUAAGGUUGGAGGUGCUUCUAAAGAAGGAGGGGCUGGAGCAGUUGAUGAGGAUGACUUUAUAAAAGCUUUUACAGAUGUUCCUUCUGUUCAGAUCUAUUCUAGUCGAGAACUUGAAGAAACGUUAAAUAAGAUCAGGGAAAUUUUGUCCGAUGACAAACAUGACUGGGACCAGCGUGCCAAUGCACUUAAGAAAAUCAGAUCACUGCUUGUGGCUGGGGCUGCACAGUAUGAUUGCUUUUUCCAGCAUUUACGUUUGUUGGAUGGAGCACUUAAGCUGUCUGCUAAGGAUCUCAGAUCCCAGGUGGUCAGAGAAGCUUGCAUCACUGUUGCACACCUUUCAACGGUUUUGGGAAACAAGUUUGAUCACGGCGCCGAAGCCAUUGUACCUACACUUUUUAAUCUUGUCCCCAAUAGUGCAAAAGUAAUGGCAACUUCUGGAUGUGCAGCAAUCAGAUUUAUUAUUCGGCAUACCCAUGUACCCAGACUCAUACCCUUAAUAACAAGCAACUGCACAUCCAAAUCAGUUCCUGUGAGGAGGCGUUCAUUUGAAUUUUUAGAUCUGUUGCUACAAGAGUGGCAGACUCAUUCACUGGAAAGGCAUGCAGCCGUCUUAGUUGAAACUAUUAAGAAGGGAAUUCAUGAUGCUGAUGCUGAGGCCAGAGUGGAGGCAAGAAAGACAUACAUGGGUCUUAGAAACCACUUUCCUGGUGAAGCUGAAACGUUGUAUAAUUCUCUUGAGCCAUCCUAUCAGAAGAGUCUUCAGACUUACUUAAAGAGUUCUGGCAGCGUAGCAUCUCUUCCACAGUCAGACAGGUCCUCAUCUAGCUCACAAGAAAGUCUCAAUCGUCCUUUUUCUUCUAAGUGGUCUACAGCGAAUCCAUCCACUGUGGCCGGAAGAGUGCCAGUGGGAGGCAGCAAAGUCAGCUCCCUCCCAGGAAGCCUGCAGCGCUCUCGGAGUGACAUUGAUGUGAAUGCUGCAGCUGGUGCCAAAGCACAUCAUGCCGCUGGACAGGCUGUCCGAAGUGGGCGGUUAGGGGCAGGCGCCCUGAACCCAGGUUCUUACGCAUCGCUUGAGGAUACUUCUGACAAGAUGGAUGGAACAGCAUCUGAAGAUGGUCGGGUGAGGGCCAAGCUUUCUGCACCACUUGCUGCGGUGGGAAGUGCCAAGACAGACUCCAGAGGAAGAAGUCGGACAAAAAUGGUGUCUCAGUCCCAGCCUGGCAGCCGGUCUGGGUCUCCAGGAAGAGUUCUAACCACAACAGCCCUCUCUACUUUGAGCUCUGGUGCCCAACGAGUCCUGGUCAGUUCAGCUUCAGCCCAGAAGAGAAGCAAGAUACCAAGGAGCCAGGGCUGCAGCAGAGAGGCCAGCCCGUCCAGGCUUUCCGUGGCCCGGAGCAGUCGUAUUCCUCGCCCGAGUGUGAGUCAAGGCUGUAGCCGGGAAGCUAGUAGAGAGAGCAGCAGGGACACGAGCCCGGUCCGCUCUUUUCAGCCCCUUGCCUCCAGACACCAUUCCAGAUCCACUGGUGCCCUCUACGCCCCCGAUGUGUAUGGGGCCUCAGGUCCGGGAUAUGGGAUCAGCCAGUCAAGCCGAUUGUCAUCCUCCGUGAGUGCCAUGCGAGUUCUAAACACAGGCUCCGAUGUGGAGGAAGCGGUCGCUGAUGCCUUGCUCUUAGGAGACAUACGGACUAAGAAAAAACCUGCUCGAAGAAGAUAUGAAUCAUACGGAAUGCACUCAGAUGAUGAUGCCAACAGUGAUGCUUCUAGCGCAUGUUCAGAACGCUCCUAUAGUUCUCGAAAUGGUAGUAUUCCUACCUACAUGAGACAGACGGAGGACGUGGCAGAAGUCCUCAACAGAUGUGCUAGCUCCAACUGGUCAGAAAGAAAAGAAGGCCUCUUGGGUCUGCAGAACUUGUUAAAAAACCAGAGAACGCUAAGUCGAGUGGAACUGAAAAGAUUAUGUGAAAUUUUCACAAGAAUGUUUGCUGAUCCUCAUGGCAAGGUGUUCAGUAUGUUUCUGGAGACUCUAGUAGAUUUCAUACAAGUCCACAAAGAUGAUCUUCAAGACUGGCUAUUUGUGCUGCUGACACAGCUGCUGAAAAAAAUGGGUGCUGAUUUGCUUGGUUCUGUUCAGGCAAAAGUUCAGAAAGCCCUCGAUGUUACAAGAGAAUCUUUUCCAAAUGAUCUUCAAUUUAAUAUCCUAAUGAGAUUUACAGUUGACCAGACCCAAACACCAAGCUUGAAGACAGUCAAGCCAGCCCUCCAGGACCAGCUUCACUCUUUUUGGAGCUCAAAGGUGAAGGUUGCUAUCCUUAAGUACAUAGAAACUCUGGCCAAGCAGAUGGAUCCGGGAGAUUUUAUAAAUUCCAGUGAAACUCGCCUGGCAGUGUCUCGGGUCAUCACUUGGACGACGGAGCCCAAAAGCUCUGAUGUUCGAAAGGCAGCACAGUCAGUGCUGAUUUCUUUAUUUGAACUCAAUACCCCGGAGUUUACAAUGUUACUAGGAGCUUUACCAAAAACUUUCCAAGAUGGUGCUACUAAACUUCUUCAUAAUCACCUUCGAAACACUGGCAACGGGACCCAGAGUUCCAUGGGGAGUCCUUUGACAAGACCAACACCUCGAUCACCAGCCAACUGGUCCAGUCCUCUUACUUCUCCUACCAACACAUCACAGAAUACAUUAUCUCCAAGUGCAUUUGAUUACGACACAGAAAACAUGAACUCUGAAGACAUUUACAGCUCCCUUAGAGGUGUCACUGAGGCAAUCCAGAAUUUCAGCUUCAGAAGCCAAGAAGACAUGAGUGAACCACUGAAGAGGGAUCCUAAAAAAGAGGAUGGUGACACGAUGUGUGGUCCUGGGAUGUCAGAUCCACGAGCAGGAGGUGAUGCUACUGACUCCAGCCAGACAGCUCUUGAUAAUAAAGCAUCUCUACUCCAUUCAAUGCCACUUCACUCCUCUUCACGAUCUCGUGACUAUAAUCCAUAUAACUAUUCCGAUAGCAUCAGUCCCUUCAACAAGUCUGCUCUCAAAGAAGCCAUGUUUGAUGAUGACGCUGACCAGUUUCCUGACGAUCUCUCCUUAGACCAUUCUGACCUAGUUGCAGAGCUGUUGAAAGAGCUGUCUAACCACAAUGAACGUAUAGAAGAAAGAAAAAUUGCCCUCUAUGAACUCAUGAAGCUAACCCAGGAAGAAUCUUUCAGUGUUUGGGAUGAACACUUCAAAACAAUAUUAUUGUUACUGCUUGAGACCCUUGGGGAUAAAGAGCCUACAAUCAGGGCUUUGGCAUUAAAAGUUUUAAAAGAAAUCUUAAGGCAUCAACCAGCAAGAUUCAAAAACUAUGCAGAGCUGACUGUCAUGAAAACCCUGGAAGCACAUAAAGACCCCCAUAAAGAGGUGGUGAGGUCUGCUGAAGAAGCUGCCUCUGUGUUGGCUACUUCAAUUAGUCCAGAGCAGUGCAUCAAAGUGCUUUGUCCAAUCAUACAAACUGCUGACUACCCAAUUAAUCUGGCUGCAAUCAAAAUGCAAACAAAAGUGAUAGAGAGAGUAUCCAAGGAAACCCUUAACCUGCUCUUACCAGAGAUCAUGCCAGGCCUAAUACAGGGUUACGAUAAUUCAGAAAGCAGUGUCCGGAAAGCUUGUGUCUUCUGCCUGGUAGCCGUCCAUGCGGUGAUUGGUGAUGAACUCAAGCCACACCUCAGUCAACUCACUGGCAGUAAAAUGAAGCUGCUGAACCUUUACAUCAAACGUGCACAGACAGGCUCUGCAGGAGCUGAUCCCACUACUGAUGUUUCUGGACAAAGUUAGUGCUGCAGGUCUCGGAACAGACAACUGCCCACCCUCCUCAAAGAAAGGAAACUCUCAAGUACAGCUUUUGGGACUAAGCUACCGUUUCCCAGUUCUAUAUAGUUUUCUGUUUUAUUCCGUUCUGUAUUUUCUGUGACAGAGGAUGUCCUCAGUCUGCAUGUAACUUUAUGAUAGUUAUUCCAAAUUCAGGAAAAGCAGUAUUAACAUCAGUUGAUCAGU